ACAAUUGUUUAGUGUAAAAGCACCGAGGAGCUGAAUAUUUACAGUUUGACACGGAAGUAAAAGUUGUCUCACCUCAACUGUCUUAUCAGCGAAGACGACUAUAUAGGUGAGCUCUGAUCCCAAUUUCAGAGACAGCGCCCUCUGUGACAACUGACCCCGUUCUCUAUCAACAUAAAAGUCUUUCCAGGUGUCAUAAAAAGCACCUCCUGUCAUCCGUGAAGGUCGUACUCCCGGUAAAGAACGUAGUCCUUCAGUCGCCCUGGCAACGGCAAGAAGCUCAUGAAGACUGGCGACCGUAGACGAGGGCGACCGAGGCAGCGGCGAAUCCUCAGACGACACAGGUGCUGCAGGCAGCGAGCGUUCUCUAAAGGAGGUGUCCCCUGUGAGCGGCCCGGUGGAUGGGCAGGUGCCCGCUCUGUUUCGCCACGUUGGGGUCGGCGCCGUAUUCCAGCAGCAGCUCCACGAUGGCGGCGUCUCCGCUCGCACACGCCUCGUACAAGAUGGAGGCCUCGUUCUGCGCCCGACACGUCACGUCUGCUCCUGGCCAACAGCACACACACAUGUAGCGUGUGACCACCACAAAUGUAACAGCAGGACCUGGGCCGCCUCCAGGUGAGCCUCCUGGGCAGCCAGGGCCAGCGGUGUGAGGCCAAAGCGGCUGCGGGCGUCCAGCAGAGCCUGGGCCUCCAACAGCAGGGCCACCAGCUCGGCUCUGCCCAGCCGAGAGGCCUCGUGGAGCGGGCGCCGGCCGUGGAGACCCUCCUGGUUGACGGAGGCUCCCCUCUGGAGCAGCAACUUCACCAGGUCUGCACGCCCGGACCGGAUCGCUGCACAGUGCACACCACCAGGAUGAACUCACAAGUCAUUCACCCUUUCAUCAUCACUUUAACUGUCUGAUACUGAUGGUUCUGCACAGUGCACACCACCAGGAUGAUCUCACAAGUCAUUCACCCUUUCAUCAUCACUUUAACUGUCUGAUACUGAUGUUUCUGCACAGUGCACACCACCAGCAUGUACUCACAAGUCAUUCACCCUUUCAUCACUUUUACUGUCUGAUACUGAUGGUUCUGCACGGUGCACACCACCAGGAUGAACUCACAAGUCAUUCACCCUUUCAUCAUCACUUUAACUGUCUGAUACUGAUGGUUCUGCACAGUGCACACCACCAGGAUGAACUCACAAGUCAUUCACCCUUUCAUCACUCUGACUGUCUGAUACUGAUGGUUCUGCACGGUGCACACCACCAGGAUGAGCUCCCAAGUCAUUCACCCUUUCAUCACUCUGACUGUCUGAUACUGAUGGUUCUGCAUGGUGCACACCACCAGGAUGAGCUCCCAAGUCAUUCACCCUUUCAUCACUCUGACUGUCUGAUACUGAUGGUUCUGCACAGUGCACACCACCAGGAUGAACUCACAAGUCAUUCACCCUUUCAUCAUCACUUUAACUGUCUGAUACUGAUGGUUCUGCACAGUGCACACCACCAGGAUGAACUCACAAGUCAUUCACCCUUUCAUCACUCUGACUGUCUGAUACUGAUGGUUCUGCACGGUGCACACCACCAGGAUGAGCUCCCAAGUCAUUCACCCUUUCAUCACUCUGACUGUCUGAUACUGAUGGUUCUGCACAGUGCACACCACCAGGAUGAACUCACAAGUCAUUCACCCUUUCAUCAUCACUUUAACUGUCUGAUACUGAUGGUUCUGCACAGUGCACACCACCAGGAUGAACUCACAAGUCAUUCACACUUUCAUCACUCUGACUGUCUGAUACUGAUGGUUCUGCACGGUGCACACCACCAGGAUGAACUCACAAGUCAUUCAACCUUUCAUCACUCUGACUGUCUGAUACUGAUCGUGUCUAAUACUGAUGGUUCUGAUACUGAUUGUGUCUGGUACUGAUCAUGUCUAAUACUGGUGGUUCUGAUACAAAUGGUGUCUGAUAUUGUGUCCAAUACUGACGGUUCUGAUACUAAUUGUGUCUGAUACUUUAUGGUGUCUGAUACUGAUGGUUCUGAUACUGAUUAGGUUGAUACUGUUGGUACUGAUACUGAUGGUUCUAAUACAGAUGUGUCUGAUACUAAUUGUGUCUGAUAUUGAAUGUGUCUAAUACUGAUGGUAUCUGAUACUGAUGGUUCUGAUGCUGAUUGUGUUGAUACUGUUGGUACUGAUACAGAUGUGUCUGAUACAGAUGUUUCUGGAUCGGAUACUGAUUUUGUCUGAUACUGAUGGUUCUGAUACUGAUUGUGUCUGAUACUGAUGGUUCUGAUACUGAUUGGGUUGAUACUGUUGAUACUGAUGGUUCUGAUAUCGGUGUGUCUGUUACAGAUGUUUCUGAUACUCAUUGUGUCUGAAAUUGAAUGUGUCUAAUACUGAUGGUUCUGAUACUGAUGGAGCCUCAUACUGAUAGUAUCUGAAACUGAUUGUAUCUGAUACUAAUGGUUCUGAUCCUGAUUUUGUCUGAUAAUGUUUUUGUUUGAUACUGAUUGUGUCUCAUUCUGAUGGUUCUGAUACAGAUUAUGUCUAAUACCAAUUGUUUUGAUACUGAUUGUGUCUGAUACCGGUUGUGUCUGAUACUGAUGGUUGUGAUACAGAUUGUGUCUAAUACCGAUUGUUUUGAUAGUGAUUGUAUCUGAUACUAAUUGUGUCCUGAGACUGACUGUGUCUGAUAUUGAUGGUGUCUGAUACGGAUAGCAUAAUUGUAUCACUCUAAGUCCCCCUUCAGCUUCACCUUGAUGUGUUUUCCAUUUAAUACAGAGUAGUACUUCUAAACAAACCUAAAUGUAAAUAAACAGAAGAAAAGGAGAAGUUAUGUCGGGCAGCAGAAGUGUUUUACAUGUCGACCAACACUCAGAGAGGAUGAUACAGUAGGAAGAGGAUUCAUUGAAGCCCUCUUUUCAAGGUUUACCUGACACAUGAAACGUGACAAAUCGGGCGGGUGCAACCGUCCACUCUAGCUGCUAGAGUGUUGAAUAUCUUAAAAUAUGUUUUGUGGCAACUCCAACUUUGACCAGAGUGUCAGUUCUUAUGUAGAGUGCCGCUUUCCAUCAUUUUCAGCAAAUGAUCCACCCUUCUUCUUCCUCUCACGCGAGAUCCGCCCAGGAAUGGGGCCGUAUGAAUUCUUUCCCUAAUGUACAAUAAUAUUGGUUGCCGCACUAGUGGCCAACAUCGCAUACCUAAAAUCAGCGGGGAGUCCUGGUUCUGGUUCUGCGAGUCGGGCCGAGCCCCGCGGUCCAGUAAGAAGGAGACAUUGUCCAGCAGUCCUCCUUCCACCGCCAGUAAGAGGGCCGUGUCCCCAGACCGGGUCUGACGCUCCACCGACUCCUCACCUGAAACUGGACAAGGAGGUGGUGUCUGAUACUGAUGGUGUCUGAUACCAAUGGUACUGUUACUGAGUGUGUUUAAUACAGGUUGUGUCUGAUACUGAUGGUUCAGAUACAGAUUGUGUCUGAUGCUAAUAAUGUCUGAUACUGAUGUUUCUGAUGCCGAUGUUCUGAUACCGAUGGUGUCUGAUACCAAUGGUUCUGUUAGUGUGUUUAAUACAGAUAGUGUCUGAUACUGAUGAUUCAGAUACGGAUU